CAGAGCCAUUCCCGACCUGUCUCUCCCUAUGGUGCGCACUUCUCUACUGGGCAGGGGUGUGGAGUUCUGAUGCAUUGAAAAAGAACUCCUUGCAAACCAGUUUUUUUGUACCCAAUAGGAGUGCCAUCGCGUCAGUCUGCCGACUUCAGCGAAGCAUUUGAUCCCUAUUUCCCCCGCUGUCCCUCAUCAAGAUGUUUCUGGCUAAAAAACUCCUUGGUGGCAUCCUGGAUGUUGUGAGCAACAUCGACCCCAGUCAAUUUGUGCCAUCAGAUCCUCCUCCACCACGCAGACCUCUGGCCUACACGGAGCAGAAUGAAAAUGACGAGGAGAGACAGUUUCGCAAGGUCUUCCAGCAACUCGCUGGGGAUGACAUGGAGGUGAGCCCCACUGAACUGAUGAACAUCCUCAACAGGAUCAUUGGCAAACGUUCUGACCUGAAGACUGACGGCUUUAGCAUCGAGUCAUGCAGGGGCAUGGUGGCUGUCAUGGACAGUGACAGCACAGGGAAGCUAGGUUUCCACGAGUUCAAGUUUUUAUGGAACAACAUCAAGAAAUGGCAGGGCAUCUACACAUCAAAUGACGCAGACUGCUCAGGGGUCAUCUCCUCGCGAGAGCUGUCCUCUGCCUUCAAAACUGCAUGUUUCCCUCUCAACGACCAGCUCUUCCAGUUGAUCGUUCGCAGGUACAGUGACGAACAGGGCAACAUGGACUUUGACAACUUCAUUGGGUGCCUGGUCAGACUGGACGCCAUGUGUCGAGCCUUCAAGACUCUGGACAAAGAUAAUAAUGGAAAGAUCAAAGUCAACAUCCAGGAGUGGCUUCAGUUGACCAUGCACUCAUAAAGCAUCAGGGAAAGCCUACAACAAGUCUGCAUUCAUCUCUCUCUCUCUCAAGAUUUUAUUUCAAAGUACCAUUGUUAUUGUUUGCAAACAUUCAUUUGGCGUUCAGUCAUGAAUGUUAAUUUAAUUCAUCACUAGAUGGCAGCAACACCGGGAAAAGCACAAAUCUACUUUCUCUCCAUUAGUCCAAAUGAAAAAAAUAUAUAAAAAGGUAGUUCAGUUUUCUGUUUUUCUUUUUUUUGUCUUGCAACACAUUUUUGGUCAAACAUUCUGUACUGCUAUGUAAUAUAUGCAUUCUAGUGCUCAAUAAAGGGCCAAUAUUACGCAAUACUUGCAGCUGUCUCAUUACCAUUUCUACAUGUUCUGCUUUUGCUCAUUAAAGAAUUGACCUCUCAUGUUUGAAGAUUACUUUAA